AUGCCGAAUAUCAAAGGUCUCAUUCUUUGUGUGCUUGCCUCGCUAUCUUUGAUAUCCCAUGAGGUAUCUGCUGUGAGCCAUGACCUCCGCGCUGCCAAAAGACAGUCCUCCGGAGAUCGACUUGUCUUUGCGCAUUUCAUGAUUGGCAUAACCAGCAACAGACACAGUGCAUCGGACUAUGAUGACGACAUGCGACGUGCCAAAUCUCUCGGGAUUGAUGCAUUUGCUCUGAACAUUGGUGUAGACCCCUACACUGACCAGCAGCUUCAAUUUGCUUAUGACUCUGCUGCCAACAAUGAUAUGAAAGUCUUCUUAUCAUUCGACUUCAAUUGGUACCAUACUGAUCAGACUAGCGCUAUUGGCCAGAAGAUCGCCCAGUAUGCUAGCAGGCCCGCUCAGCUCAUUGUCGAUGAUAAAGUCUUUGUUUCUUCGUUUGCCGGUGAUGAACUAAACGUUGCAGCGUUGCGCGCUGCAGUGGGAAGAUCCAUCUUCUUUGCGCCGAACUUCCACCCUUCGCAGGGGACGAAUAUCGCCCAAGUGGACGGUCUUCUGAAUUGGAUGGCUUGGCCCAACAAUGGGAAUAACAAAGCUCCAACCCCAGGUCAUAAUAUUUCUGUGGCGGACGGUGAUCGAGAAUAUAUCAAUGCUCUGAAUGGAAAAGCUUAUGUUGCUCCUGCUUCCCCGUGGUUCUUCACGCACUUCGGGUCUGAGGUUUCUUACAGCAAGAAUUGGAACUUCCCAUCUGAUCUCCUCUGGUAUGAUCGAUGGAAUGAAAUUCUUGCCAUGAAACCCCGAUUCGUCGAGAUUAUCACGUGGAAUGACUACGGCGAAAGUCAUUAUAUCGGCCCUUUGAACUCCCCUCAUACUGAUGACGGAGCCUCGAAAUGGGUUAAUGACAUGCCCCACGAUGGAUGGCUCGACAUCUCCAAGCCGUAUAUAGCCGCGUUCAAGGCUGGCGAGUCGUCUCCAAACAGAUAUAUCACCUCAGACGAGUUGGUCUACUGGUAUCGGCCGGCACCGCGCGGUGUAGACUGCGACGCCACGGAUACCUGCAUGGGACCAGCAAACAACGGGAGCGGAAACUAUUUCAUAGGUCGCCCAGAUGGAUGGCAGACGAUGAGUGAUUCUGUCUUUGUGGUCUCUUUACUCACAUCUCCGGCCAGCAUUGAAGUACACAGCGGUGACUAUGUGUAUAACUAUGACGCGCCAGCGGGAGCAAGUGCCAAGGCGGUUCCGAUGGGAGUUGGCUCGCAGAGGUUUACAGUUACUCGCAAUGGACAGAGUGUUUUGUCAGGAACAAGCUUGAAGGACAUCAUCAACGGAUGCGUGUGCGGUUUGUAUAACUUCAACGCAUACGUCGGGACCCUUCCGGAAGGUUUCAACGAUCCUCUCCUGCCAGAUGGACUUUCCGCCUUUACACAAGGUCUGCGGAACGAUUCGUGUCGACCAACUCCCUCGUUGGGUCGUCAUCCACCCCCUCCACCUUCAAAGUCUCCUCCUCCGCCUUCAAGUUCGCCUCCUCCGCCAACAAGCUCCCCUAGUCCACCAUCAAAAUCCCCCCUCCACCGUCAAGUUCCCCUCCUCCACCGUCAAGUUCCCCUCCUCCACCUUCAGGUACCCCAGGGGGUGGUGGUGGUGGCGGCGGCGGCGGAGGUGGUACCUGCAUUGCAGGCACAGGACCCGGCAACUACGUUGGGCUCUGCGCCUUCUGCUGCAACUACGGAUAUUGCCCACCGGGGCCCUGUACCUGCACCGCAUACGGCAAACCCGUCCCACCUCCACCAUCAACAGGCACUCACGGAGCUCCUCUAA